AUGGAACCUCUCACCCCGGGAGGGAGAUGGGUGGGGACCGAGGGCCGGAGAGGGGUGAGGGCCUCGCCAUCGGCCGCCAUCCCUCCGGCAUCUUCCGCCUCCGCCGUCGAGUGGUUGCCUCUUCAGCGACACCCCGUCUUCGACAGGAACAGGGAGACUGGUGCUGCGCUCAAGGUUGAUGCCACCGUUUCUGAAAUCACCAGUGGCUAUAACCUCGCUGCCUGGGACUCCUCCUGCUCGCGCCUAUACUUGUGGGACCCCGAGGGAGUGUGCCUUCACCGCAUCUCAGUGCGUUUCAGAAGCCCUGGUGGACCCGCGUCGGCGGAGGCCGCCAGCCCUUCGGAGGUAUCUCGGCUCCUCGAUAACCCCCGCGCCUGCUCCCUGAUGUUUCUGUUCGCACGUCAGUGGGGUGUUCACUCCCUUUACUUGACGUGCUUUGGAUUCUGCGGAUAACCUCUCAUGCUCCGUUGGCACGUACGUAUCAAAGGGAUUCUUUGGAAUGGUUGCCAUUUCCCAUAUUACCAGGUCUUCCCCACCCCCCACCCCUGCGCGCCCAAUUCAGAAGCUCAUCAGAAUUUUGGAAUGGUAAAGAUUAUUGAUGAAGGUGCGAAGAAACAAAACAUUGUUCCAUGAUAAAGACUAUGCAUGUCAUAAUCUGCGGGGCGAUAGAAAUCCAUCUCCUUGUUUAUUCUACACGAUAUGAGCCUGCCUGGUCCUCUGUUUCAUAAAUGAGACAUUUGUGGAGCGUCGAGUGUUUUUCGGAGUCAUGAUGAAGCACAGUUGCGAUCUCCUCAGGCAACCUAUAAGUUCAACACAUUGUUUCUUCAUUUUCAUGUUCAAAUUAGCCUUUACCCAUUUUGAAACUCAUUUGUUCCAGCCCUCGAACUAUUCGAAAAUAGAUUUCGUGGGAUUGAAAGCCUUUGCUUCAUUUUGAAAUUACGCUUUAUUUUAGAUCAAAGAGAAGGGAUCCUAAUUUUGCUAACUUUGAUGGAGAUGCUGCUAAUUGAACUGCCUAUGAUCCUACAAUAUCCAAGGAGAAGAUGUUUGCAGAAGUGAUUUACUGAAGAAGACUGAUGGAAGCAAAAGACCAAGUUGCAAGCUCUGCACUGAUGUACGUCCGUGAAGAAACCCAAACAUUAGAAGAGUGCCAUCAUUCUAACAUGAGGCGAGAGAUCCAUAAAGACCAAUGACAGGACUGACCCCGAUGAAGAUACGGCAGUUCAGUUUGGUUUUGCUCAUGGGGCCGUCAUCAUUUGGUCUUCUUUAGCCUUUCUAUGCAAUAUUAGGAAGCACGAAAUUUAUAAAUGUGCUCCACUUACAAUUAGGGCUUUAUAAAAAAGCUUUAGAUGGGAAUAUUUCUAGUUGUGCCGUCUUUUCUAUUGCAGUGGAUUCUUAUAAAGCAAAUGGAAGCUCUUUGUACAGAUGAACUACCCCUGAUUGGGGAACGAUUGAUCCGUCACUUAUUGUACCAAGAAAACUGCUAUAGAAAAAUUUACAAGGGAACCAAUUUAUCUAUUAAACUCAUAAAUUGAUCGUACCUACUUGAAACUCCACGAAUUUUGAACUCUUUAUUGGAAAAAUAUAGGAUGUAACUGAGUUGUUCAAUGUACUUGCAGAAAUUCAUUAGUUUCUAUUUACUUUUGCACUAUUCAUGUUUCACGAAAUCUUUAAGAUAAUUGCUCUCCUACUUAAUGCCAUUGGUGUUAGAUAAAAGCUUUGAUAUUUGUACAAAGCAACCAGAUAAUAUAGGAUGAUUGUUGUAUUUUGUCGAGUUUCAGACAAAUAUUGUCUUAAUGAGGAUAUUGGUUAUAAGCAGUGUUAUCAUAUUUUCUGUGAUUUGCUUUUAGUCUUUGCUGGUAUGCUAUUCUAGCAAAUAUUAACUUUCAUCUGUAUGCAGAUGAUACUUCCAAGCAUCCAAAUAAGUUUGUUAGUUCACCAUAUAUCACUGAAUAGGGAAGGAUCAUCAGUACUUAUUUCUGGUUACGGUGGCGUCUAUGUCAUGUACAUACAUGACCGAAUUUCGUCAAUUGGAAAUACAACUGUGUGCAGGUAUGGGGAUGAUGUUCUACGUUUCAACUUCAAUGCUGUAUGUUUUACGUUAGCUAUAACUGUCAAAAUUUGUCUUUAAUUUACUUUUAAUUCUAGCAAUUAGAACCGGUUUCAAAAAACAACUGAGAUUUAGUUUUUUCAGACGUAGCUUUUGUUUUCUUCAUUUUAAAUGGCUUCAAGCUUUAUGUUUUGUAUUUUCUUGGGAACCACCUGGGUAAGGUAGUAACUUUGAUUAGGCAAACAAUAUCCUGACUAUCAACGACAAGGAUGAUAAAACAAGAGGAAAGAUUAUGGCUUAUUUUUUAUUUUUUUGCUGCUCACAAAAUAAGCUAUGGCUUUCUUGGCUCCUAGAUAGGCCCAACCGGAAGUCAAGACUCAUUCCUGAUAUCCCCAGACGUACAUUAUCAUUAUUUCCAAUUUCCCGUCUUUUAUAUGACACAAUACGAGCAUUCUUGUCAAUCCAUGUCUUUCUUAGACGUAAAGAUGUCAGCUGUGACCUCAGCCAUUGCUAGUUAUGCCCCAGGGAAGUCGAGAUGCCUCUAAUCACUCUCAUUUUAGAUUCGGGCAGUUUCUAAGACAACGUUAUUAAUCUAGAUUUUCGAGAUUUUGAAUUCGUGGUUAUGAGUUUCCCAGCUAUUUAUAUGUGUGCGCUUCCAUGUCUUGGAAGCUAUCUAUUUGUUGCUUGUACAGGUAACAACAGUUUCUUUUUUUUCCCUUCAUGCAGGACCGUCUUCGUGGGUUCCCAGGCCUACCUUGUUGAGAACUGUACCCUACGAGUAUUACAAGUAUCUUGGCAUCCUUGUAGCGUAACCCAUUUGGGUGUUCUUUCUUCUGAUUCGGUUUUCAGGUUUUCCUCUUUCUCUGGAUGCAUAUUCAUGGACCCUAUCGAAAUACUGAACUACAAAUGACAUGGAGACAUGUUGAAACCACGAAUGGUUUUGAUGCAUGCAUCAAUGAAUAAUGUCUUUUCAGCAUUACAUUUUAAUUUGUGAAUAAUGGAGAGCAAUGGUUUUCAUUGUACCUUGGCGAUAAUUUCUUCAUGGGUUUUCCUACUGUCUGCAUAAAAGACUUGUCAUUUUGUAGAACAUUUAACCUUUAUGAAUGAAAUGAAGAUUGUGUGACAUCGAUAGUUCUACUUGAUUGUUCUCAGAGCUUUGACUCUGAUUCUAUGAUUAUGGAGCCUCUCCACCAUAUUUACCUAUUGAGUUGAAGAAAGUGUCAGUAAGCAGGAGAAUCCAUUUCACAAGUAAAAUUCUAGGUCUUAGUUUUCAAAUAUUUGUUGGUGUAGUUAAACUGUAGCUCUCGAAGUUAUACAUUUUAACAAUGCUCUGCAGGAUAUAUGAUUUAUCUUCUGAUAUUGAACGACCAGAGCAGGAAUAUUUUCUGCAGCCAGUUGAAGUUGGCAGAUGCAAAAAUGCUGCAUCAGUAUGCCCUGUUGCAUUUUCCUUUGGAGGAGAGCACUUGUGGGAUCGAUUUACUGUGAGUAUGGUUUUUUCUUGUGUAUGUGGCACGCUUGUUUCUCGCUGGUAUAGGACUUUUUUGCAUCACGGUUGUAAUGGCCAUAUUUUACUUUGACUCCUAAGCUGUUCUUAACAAUGUCAAAUUAUUUACACCAGCAAAAACUUUACUUCUUAUUUCGUUUUAAUGGUUCGCUAGGGUUAUUCCGUAAAACUUGCAACUUUUUUUAGUUAACGUUGACAAAACCGCAUUCUAGUUAUGGAUGAUAGCUCGUGAAGUUUAACAAUUAUAAGAUAAUGCUAAGAACUACAGGAAAGGUUGUUCAGCUACAUUGUCCCUGUAUCUUCUUGGGGGUUGUGGAUUCUCAUACAAACUCAAAGCAUGUGGAUUAUGAACUUUUGACGUUAGAUAGUUGUGUGCAGAGAGAAUAGUAUAGGGCGGGGAUACAGCAUCAAAUGUGAACUUCAUCUUAGCUGAAUACGAAGGGGACACUGACUUUUUGUGACGUACAUUUCUGCACAAUCUCUAUGUUUGGUUUUUUUGGGUGUUUUCUGCCAUUUGAAAGACAGUAGUUUUUUUGAUAUAAGAAUUUGGUAUCUUAGCUGUAGAUGGCUACCAGGAGAACAAGACAGGGCCUGCAAUAAAAUCUGUUGUCAGAGCUUCUUCAAUACUUGCCCUUUUCCAACGUCAUCAUAUACUAGAUUUCGUUGAUAAGCUAGGAAAAGUAAGAUGGCACUUUCUCACGUAUUUAUGCUACAUGAGGAUGGCAUCAGUUUAGGGAACAGCAUAUCAAAAGUUUUUCACCUAAUGAACGCAGGCAAAGUCUGGAAAUCCUACAUUUCUACGUACUGAUUCGCAACCUCCUAGUCUGAUAGAAGUUUGUCAUUCUCAGGAUGUCAGUAAUUGGUGUUAAUUUGCUUUCAAAUAUCCACUCUCCAGAAUCCAGAUUCUCUAUAAUACUGCUUUUAACAUGGCCGAGAAUAAAAUUUUAUCAUGGGAAAGGACAGCCAUACUAAUCAACGUACUCCAUCUAAUCGCAUUUUUGCUCAUUUUCAUAUCGGCAUUGCUAAGUUUAAUUCAGAGAAUAUGGUAGUCCUCUGGGUUCCGCCCAGCAAUGAAAUUAAUUUUUAUCUGGCAGCAUGCUUUCAACCAUUCACUCUUGAAAAAGCUAUUGCCAAAGAACAUUUUUCUGAGUAAUUUCUUCUCUGCUUCUUUUUUGUCGAUAGUAAGUUUUUUAAAUAAGUCCAAAAGUUGCAUCUCCUCGUGCUUGUUUAAAAUUGUGACUGUCCAUAGUCUACCAUGGACAGAUCGAAGGAUAGGCCUCACAAGUCUGCCUUCAAUAUUCCAGGUUUUCAUUUUAUUCAGUGACGGCUCAGUCUAUAUCCUUUGCCCAGUUGCUCCAUUUGGAAGGUACUUUCUGAAUUUGUCAUAAUCUUUUUAAUUAAUAUUUCCCUUUUCACAUUGGAUUGUCUUCCCCUGUGCAUACAUUCAUCUUAAUGAUUACGUCUACCUUAAAGUGUUGGAAGCAUUCCAAUGAAACGGAAAUUAUUGUUUACAUGGCAGUGUCUUCAGCUUGCCUUUUAUCAAGGAGAUUUACGAAGAUGCUCUAGAAUUCGGACAGAAAUCUUCCAACUCAAAAGCUGUCAGCAACUGCAGAUUGGCUCUCGCUUGGUUAGAAGCAACGUUUCCUGAGCUGAUAGACCAUACAAAAGAAAGGCUCAACUUACCUGUUUUAAGGGCUCAUUCAUAUGCUCCAGUAGAUGCGUCACUCUCAUUGCAGGUGUGUAAUUUUCCUGAAAGGAGUUGAGGAUUCCUUGCUUUUUAUUGCUCCCGUGGCUGCCUUGUAUUGAAAUGUGUUUCCAUCAGUAAAGCAUUCAGACCUGCCCAUUUUACUUUAUAGGCAAGCGGCUUAUAUUAUUCGUUUUUCUUAUAACAUUGGAAGAGAAUGAAUCCCGAGUCCCAUCUUAUUACAUUAGGAAACGGAGAUUAUUCUAAAUUAGUUUCUUCUGUGAACAAUUUCUCAUGCCCAUUUGCUUUUGCUCUAUUUACGUAAAACAUGUUACAGAGGCAUAUUUUCAAUGUAAUUUUGGGCGUCAAGUGAAGCUUAAAAUGCAAUCCAAGCACUUAGCGUGGCACAUCAUCAAUAUGAGGAGAUUAUUUUUCUCCUAUUAGAGGGAAAAAAUCAAAAACCUUAUGUAAUGCUCAAGACCCAAUUGUGUUUUCUACCCCUAAUGGUCUGUAUCUGUCUGACUCAUGACUCACACCAGGAGGAUCAAUACAGAUUAAUCAUUGAGAGCAUAAAAACGUUCUACACUUUCAUUCUAAACCUGUAGAGCUGUUGGUUUCUGUUCGACAGAAUCAUGAGAGGACAAAUUGUUGCUUCUUCUUCCAAUAUAAACAACCUCAUUGCAGUCUGUCUUUUGACUGCACUCUCGUGUUAUGUAUAUCCUUGCUGUUCCAUGACCUCGUCCCUUGUGCUGCUUCUCGAAGCAUGAAAUUCUCAAAACUGUUCGGUUUGCAGGGGCCUCUCCGUCGGGUGUACCACAGCAAGGAGUUUGAGGAUUCAGAAACAUGGGUUGCAGAUUGUGAAGGCAGGGCAGUGACUAUCCUGUACAGUUCAAUCGGCAAAGAUUCAAUUCUAGUGAUCGCCUGGAGCAGUGGACAGCUACAGGUUGAUGCCCUUGCUGAUGAAGUGCAACCUCUAUGGAAUAUGGACAGUUCUCCUCAUUUGCGGGUGAAUUCACGGGGCCACAUAGCACAAAUGGGCAUGAUUUGUGAGCCGAAUUCACAAGAACCUCAUAACAUUAGAUUCCUUCAAGGAAAUAUGAGCAGCAAUGCGGCGGACCCGGUUUGGUCUGGAAAUCCACCCCCCUUACUUAGGCUGGCUGUUGUGGACUUGGCAUUACCAAAGGCAGCCCUACAUCACCCAGUGUCGGUUUUUUCGGAUCCGCUGGUCUCCGAGAGGCUCUACUGUUUGCAUGGCGGAGGAAUAGACUUGAUCACUCUGCAUUUUCUCCCAUUCUCGAAUCUCACCCCUGGAUCAGAUGAGUCCGCGAGUGCCCCCUCUGUGUGCCCUAUUCUAAGCACCUGCCACGGAGAGGCUUCGUCUCCCCUGCUCUAUGGUUUCGUUUGCAUAGCAGAUUCCUUUGGUGACUCGCAGGUUGUCGUGGUGACGUCUGUAUAUGAGUGCAUCUUGCUGGAGAUGAGAGGCUGGAAGGACAUGCCGCCGCAUUUUCUUGAUGAGAGUGUGAGACCCUCCAUUGGUCGUGAGGAUGUAGCCGUCAGUGAUAUUAUAAGCCGAGACCUCCUUAAUGGGCCGAAGGUCAUCAUCAUUCCGGACUCCACCAGCCUACGAUCUCUGAGUCCAGAAUCCAUUGAAGGCAGGUCAACGCUUCAUCACUAUAUCAAGCUCUUCCACGAAAAUUUUGUGGAGUAUGCUCAUAAGGUAAACCAAAUAUGAAUGUAUUUAUUAUUAUUAUUUAUUUUUCUGCAUGUUUUGUGUGGUGUGCAUUCCUUGUCAAUUGUCGUCUCAUCCCCUCCCCUCCCUGAUCUUUUUGAACUUCAGCGUCCCAUCCAUUUUCUCUUGAUCUCCAGGUGUAUGUUGAGCUCAAACAGCACGGAGAUCACCUCAAGGCAAUUCUCGGGGAGCAGCAUGCGCGUUUACAGGUGGUCGGCGAGUCGCUGAGCAGAUUGGAGGACAAGCAGCCGCGUUUGACAAGUCGGAUAAAUCGUGCCACUGAGGUGUACAGAAUCCAGGAGAGGCGCUUGCAGAGCUUCAAAAACCUACCGGGAGCCGACAGAAAACCACUGUCCAAGGCAGAAAGAGAGUUUAAAACCCAACUUGGUAUUGAAAGCCCUCUCCUUUUUAACCCUUUUAAAGCUUUGUCUGAUCUGACUUUCCUUGGCUUCCGAGCCGUGAGCUGUGUACAAUUUUGUGCGUCGUCUGAAUUGCAGAGAGAUUCAGGGACGUGGAACUCUGUGCCCUGGAUUUGUCCAUCGAAGCCCUGAACGGGAGGUUGAGGAGAUGUCUGCAUCCCUCCCCUGGCGGCCCGAUCCAGAGACUAUCUCAGGGGAGGCGUAAUCAAGCCCUGGACUCUCAAAGAAUCUCACAGCUGAAGGCGUCGAUGGGAAAGCUCUCUCGCGUCAACGAUGAGAACGUCAACAAGAUUAAGCUCAUCGAGCAGGUUCUACAUAGCGAGGAGGAUGACGGUUAG